CCGCGCUCUGGUUGGGAGCGCACGCGGCUGAGGGAGAGGCGGGAGAAAACACCCCCCGACCCCCCAAAAAACAUGGCGGUGCAAGAGGCGCGCCCCAACCACACCAUCUACAUCAACAACCUCAACGAGAAGAUCAAGAAGGACGAGUUGAAGAAGUCGUUAUACGCCAUUUUCUCGCAGUUUGGUCAAAUUUUGGACAUUUUGGUGUCGCGGAGCCUCCGGAUGCGCGGUCAAGCCUUCGUCAUCUUUAAAGAGUUGAGCAGCGCCUCCAACGCUCUACGGUCCAUGCAGGGCUUCCCCUUCUACGACAAACCCAUGCGUAUCCAGUACGCCAAGACGGACUCGGACAUCAUUGCUAAGAUGAAAGGAACCUUCGUGGAACGCGACCGUAAACGGGAGAAACGUAAACCCAAAGGGCAGGACGCUCCGGCCACCAAGAAAAGCGCCGCCGGCACCGCCGCGCCCGCCCAGGGCGCCGUAGCCGGAAUGGCGAUGGCGCAGGCGCCGCGGUUGCUUCACCAUAUGGGGGGGCAGCCCCCUUACCUGCCCCCCCCGGGUAUGAUCCCCCCUCCCGGGAUGGCCCCUCCCGGCGCCGUCGCUCCCGCCGCCGUCCUGCCGGGGCAGCUCCCCGCUUCGCAGCCUCUCUCGGAAAAUCCUCCCAACCACAUCCUCUUCCUCACCAAUCUCCCCGAGGAGACCAACGAGCUGAUGCUCUCCAUGCUCUUCAACCAAUUCCCGGGAUUCAAGGAGGUUCGCUUGGUUCCGGGUCGCCACGACAUCGCUUUCGUGGAGUUUGAGGGCGAAGUGCAGGCGGGAGCGGCGCGUGAAGCCCUUCAGGGCUUUAAGAUCACUCAGAGCAACGCCAUGAAGAUCUCCUUCGCCAAAAAGUGACCCCCCCCUGCACCCCAAAAUCCCCCCUGAACCCCAAAACCCCCCUGUACCUCCCCCUCGAAGGUAAGUUUGCCCUCAGGCAGCCGACCCUUCGGCCCCCCCUCCUUUUAAAGCCCUUUUUUGACCCUUUUUU